AUUACCCGCGAUAGACUUGACCGGUUGCAUGAUGCAUAAUUAAACCUAGCUAGCAAAAGUCUUUUUGGUGCAAAUGGCGUUUUAUGUAGCCGUUUUUAUAUUUGAAGCGCUGUUAAAUAAACACGUUGAUGUUUGGUUGGUUUAAAUAAAUGAGAACUGCAGCGAUUCAGUAAAGGAGCCUUUGGAGGCCGGACUUUGUUGGAAUAAAAUGGUUUGCUUGUCUCCCAUGGAAGCUCUCUGGUCUUAAUGUUGGUUUAACAACAAACGUAGUCUUCACAGGUGAAGCCCCAGGUAUGGAGGUGGACGCGUGUUUGAACUCGGCUCUUGACACAGAGCUGGGGCCUGAGCUGGAGGAGGAACUUGGCGUUUCUCUGGAUGAGCUGCGCAGAUGGAUUGAGGAGCAGGUGGACAGCAGUGAGGUCGUGCUGCACAGGAAGGCCCAGUUAGCCGAAAUGAAGGACUGGGUCGAGCAGAAAGAAAAGGACAUGGCCAGUAUAGACACACUCUGCUCCAAUGCAUCAGAGUCUGUAAUACAGUGUGAGGUUCUAGUGAAAGAGCUCUACACUAACAUAGGUCUGGAGUAUCGGGAGAGCAGCUCAGAAGACGAAGGAGUCGGCGGAGGACACGCUUCCGAGGUCAUCGAAAUCAACGACGACGAGGACAACGAUGAAGACGACGAUGACGACGACGAGGAUGAUGACGACGACGACGUCAUUGCCGUGGGCUGUGUGGUUCCACCAAAGAAGACGCCAGUCAAAGACUCGCUCAUGGAAGCAUCAGCUGCACUUCAUAGAUCUGCACAGCACGUGCAGAACCUGAUGCAGACAGUCGGUAAAUCCACACCGUCCACGGCGAUCACGCCCACUAAAGGACUGGCCCCGCCCUCUCCAUCCCGGGGCUCCAUGUUGAACAUUCCAGCGGUGUUCAUGUCCUCUGGCCCCGCACAUGCACCCACUCAACCAAAUCCAGCUCUAAAGCAGGACGUCAUGAGGCUCAACAUGAGCAUUCUGGGUAAAAAACGCACCAAGACCUGGCACCGUGGAACCCUGAUAGCUAUUAACGCAGUGGGCAACGGCUUUAAGUACAAGGUGAAGUUUGAGAAUAAAGGGAAAAGCCUGCUGUCUGGGAACCACGUGGCGUUCGACUAUCACCCGACAUUGGAGAGGCUGUACGUCGGCGCUCGUGUUGUUGCCAAAUAUAAAGAUGGCAACCAGGUGUGGCUGUACGCUGGCAUCGUCGCCGAAAUGCCCAACAGCAAGAACCGUAUGAGGUUCCUGAUCUUUUUCGAUGAUGGCUAUGCUUCUUAUGUAGCCCUGCCAGACCUCUACCCUGUUUGCAGACCCUUGCAGAAGACAUGGGAGGACAUCGAGGACGAGUCAUGCAGGGAUUUCAUCGAGGAGUACAUCACAGCGUACCCGAACAGACCCAUGGUGCUGCUGAAGCCGGGGCAGAUCAUCAAAACCGAGUGGGAAGGGACGUGGUGGAGGAGCCGCGUGGAAGAAGUGGACGGCAGCCUCGUCAAAAUGCUCUUCCUGGAUGAUAAGCGCAGUGAGUGGAUCUAUCGUGGCUCAACACGCCUGGAGCCCAUGUUCAACCUAAAAAUGAGCACAGCCAACAACCAGGAGAAAAAGCUGGCUGGGCAGCAGCGUGCGCGGCCCAACAUGGGAGCUAUGAGGGUUAAAGGCCCUGUGGUACAGUACACUAAUGAAAACAAUUUACUAGCCAACCGCGCUGCAGUCACACAGUCUACACCACCUCGUCCACAGAUUACUCCACAGCUUACUCCACAGCUUACUCCACAGCUUACUCCACAGAUUACUCCGCAGCUUACUCCGCAGCUUACUCCACAUCUUACCCCGCAGCUUACUCCACAUCUUACCCCUCAGCCCAUCCGUGCUGAAACGCAGAUGGCUAAAAAGAGCACGUCCCCGUAUGUCCCUGCCGCUCGUCAGAUUGUCACCGCUGACCUCCAGCUCAAAACUGUCGGUAUCCUUCCCCAAUCCACAAACUCCAGGCUUUUCUUCCUGCAGUCAGGGCCAAUGCAGACCCUGACACCCAUCGCUCCGGCUCCCCAAACCUUGCCUCCUACCAUAACUCAAAUGACUGCCAUAUCUACCAUAUCUCCCUAUGCGGGUGAGCGGAUUCCUCAGGAGCCGUCGUAUCAGGCCCCUAAUGACCGCCUCUUCUACAUGGCACACACCUGCACACCCGAUUGUCUGAAGCGCAUCCGGCCCACGCGUCCCAACCUCCACCGGGGCCGGAACCCGCUCCUCACCCCGCUGCUGUACGAGUUCCGCCGCAUGACAGCACGUCGCCGCCUCAACCGCAAGAUGUCGUUCCAUGUGAUCUACAAGUCCCCGUGUGGCCUGAGCCUAAGGAACAUGUCGGAGAUCCAGCGCUACCUCUUCCAGACCCACUGUGACUUCAUCUUCCUGGAGAUGUUUUGUCUGGACCCGUACGUCCUGGUGGACCGCCGCUUCCAGCCACAGAGACCGUUCUACUUCAUCCGGGACAUCACAGCCGGCCGCGAGGACAUUCCUUUGUCCUGCGUCAACGAGAUUGACAACACGCCCCCACCCAGCGUGGCUUACAGCAAAGAGCGCAUUCCAGAGGACGGCGUCUACAUCAACACCAGCCUCGACUUCCUGGUGGGCUGUGACUGCACCGAUGGCUGUCAGGACAAGUCAAAGUGUUCCUGCCAUCAGCUGACCCUCCAGGCCACAGGGUGUACUCCUGGCGGACAGAUCAAUCCCAAUGCUGGCUACAAUUCCAAGAGACUAGAUGAGUGCUUACCUACUGGGAUAUACGAGUGUAACAAGCAGUGCCGAUGUAAUCCUCAGAUGUGCACUAACCGCUUGGUGCAACACGGCCUCCAAGUGCGUCUGCAGCUCUUUAAAACCCAGAAUAAGGGCUGGGGCAUCCGCUGCCUCGACGAUGUCGCCAAAGGCUCUUUUGUCUGUAUCUACGCAGGGAAAAUCCUUACAGAUGACUUUGCAGACAAGGAGGGUUUGGAGAUGGGGGACGAGUACUUCGCUAACCUGGACCAUAUCGAGAGCGUGGAGAACUUUAAGGAGGGCUAUGAGAGCGAAGCACACUGUUCAGACAGCGAGGGCAGCGGUGUAGACAUGAGUCGGGUUAAAAUAUCUUCAUCCCAGCAGAACAAAAAUGGCCCCAAGACAGAGGACCACAACAUCGGUAGCAAAGGACAAGAUUCUUCUGACGAGGGCGAGAGCGACGACGACAAAGACGAUUCAAACGGCGAUGAGAGCGAUAGCUCGGAUGACACUUUUGUGAAGGACACGUACUUUUCCUCCAGCUCGGUGUGGAGGAGCUACACGACUCGCCGACAGGCCAAGGGCAUGAAGGAAGAGAGUCAGGAUAGCAAGGAUGGGAUGAGCGUGUCAGCUGGAGGAACAGAAGACAGGAAGCCACCGCCUGUGCCAGAGGAGUGUGGGAAAAGUAAAGUGGCCUCAUGGCUGACCAGCCAGUCCUCUUCCACUGCAGCACCGAAUGUCAAAAUAGAGGGAGGGAUGAAGACAGAGAAGAAGGAUGUGAUGACCCUCUCCGACAGCGAUGAUGUGCAAACUAUCAGCUCAGGCUCUGAUGACAACAAAGAGCGUGAAAAGAAAACUCAGGCUGUGGUGAAGAGGCAGGUGGCAGUGAAAUCGACGCGAGGCAUCGGUUUAAAGUCUUCACACAGCAUGAUGGUGAAAACGGGCGGUGGAGGAACCGGGGGCUCGGCAGCCAAUCAGGGCCAAGGAGGCGCUACCUUAGACAACGGUUCCAAAAGCACGCGGCAGUUCUUUGAUGGAGAGGAAUCAUGUUACAUAAUCGAUGCCAAACUGGAGGGCAACCUUGGACGCUACCUCAACCAUAGCUGCAGUCCUAACCUGUUCGUCCAGAACGUCUUUGUGGACACUCAUGACCUGCGAUUUCCGUGGGUGGCCUUCUUCGCCAGCAAGAGAAUCCGCGCAGGAACGGAACUGACAUGGGAUUAUAACUACGAGGUCGGCAGCGUGGAAGGAAAAGAGCUGCUCUGCUGCUGCGGUUCCACCGAGUGCCGAGGACGUCUGCUCUAACGCAUACUUAUAAAACACACACACACGUGGUUACAGGUUAUUUACAUUCAGACCCACACGUCGUCUCUGCGUGUGAUGUUUUUCUGUCUUUAGGAAACUACAUAUUUGUCAUUAGAGGACAUGGAGUAAACUGAUGUGAAUGAAAUAUGACGUACGCAGUGGAAAAUGUCAGAUGCUCACCGUAGCUACAAAAUUACCAUAAAUUUCAUUCUUUCUUCAUUCAACUCUGCCUUAAAUCUAAAAAAAAAGGCCACACUUUGUUGUGCAUACAAAAUAAUUUCCUGCAUUUCAUACAUUUCCACGACAAAGCUCUUCUCCAAGCCUUUCUCUCUGAUCUUUUAUCAAUUAGUGUUGAACGAAUCAAACUUUUACUCGUUGUGUUUUCUUUGCUUCAUUUUUAUAAGCCACCAGGUUUUGCGUUGUCUGUGUAUUCCGUAUUUGUCACGUUUGUAAGGAAAGACCAAACUCUACUGCGCAGCAUAAUAAAUUUUUGUUCAUAAGCA